AUGUCGACUCGAACACCAAGUUUCAUUGUUGUUGGUCUUGUAAUUAUUAUGCUUCUUCUCGGUCUUUUCUACAUGUCAUGUUCAUCAAAAAAUAAUGAGCUACGGUUAUCUUUAGAACAAUAUGAAGAACGCAUUCGACUGUUAACAAUAAAAAACAGUGAUGUAGAUAGAAAACUUGAAAAUAUGAUUUCACGUAAACGUGAACUUGAAGAAGAAAAAUUAACCAUUCAAAGACAGAUGGAAAAGAAAGAUUCAGAAGUGAAUGAUCUUAAUACUAAAUUAAACGAAAAAUUAGCUGAAAUUCAGAGCCUUAAAACAGACAAAAAUGUUCUUGAUGAACAAUUAAAAGAUUAUAAAUCAGUGAGUGAAUCACUAGCUUCAAAAAAUUCAUUGAUUGAAAAAUUACAACAACAAUUAAAUGAUGAAAAACAAUCUAAAAGUGAUGAUUUUAAUCGAUUAAAACAAGAAUAUGAUUCAUUAAAGAACAGUCAAUCCAAUCAAUCGGCAUCGAACAAUCCAUCAUUAAAUAAUUUUAUUAUUCCUCAACAACGUUUUCGUCCAUUUAUACUAAACGAUACAACAACAAAGAGUAUUACAUCAUUAUUUCAAAAUCCUUCGAAUAAAUUAAACAAUCUAACACAAGAAAUAAAACCACAAGCAGUUCCAACCAGAUUAGACCUUCAAGAAAAAGUUCCAAAUAUUGCUGGCGCUAAUGCCAAUCCAUUAACUACUACAACAUUGCCGAAUGAACAACAGCAAUUUGCUGAUAACAAUAAACUUCAACAAAACGUUGGCCAAAACGUUCCAGCACCACCACUUGUUAAUAAUGCACAAAAGCAACCAGAUCCAAUUGAAUCAGCUCAAGGUGCACCUCAAUCUGCUAACAAACUCAAUAACGAAAACCAAGCAGCAGCAGCAGCAGCAGCAGCAGAUAACUCACAAUAUCAACAGCGUUUACAACGAUCAUUGAAUAAUUCAAUAUCUGAUAAUAAAAAUAUGAAAUCUAUGGAUGAUGCAGAUAACGAGAAUGACGAUGAAGAACAACUGGAUAACAACAAUCCACCACCUAAUGCUGCUAUUCUUUCGAAUGCUAUGAAACAAGAUAAUGUUGAAAUCAAUGAUAGCCCUUUGAUGAAUGAUCCUGCACUGAUAAAAUUGAAUAACAAUAAUAAUUAUCGUAUAGGUAAUCGUGAACGAUAUCGACAAGUUCAAAAUAAAAUUCAAGAUGAACAACAAAUAAAUAACGGACAAGAUAUUGAGCAUGAGAGUAAUAAUAAUAAUAAAGAAAAUCAAGAUGUUAAAAACCUCAAUGCCUUGUGA